AUGCUUCACCACAACAAGAAGGACAAGGGCCGCCAAGGCACCCAGUCCUCCAAGCCCAUUUCCCUGUCCAAGCUUCUCCAGUCUACUCCUCCUGGCAAUACUGGGCCGGCUUCUCUAUCCAUGGACAUCAUCCUGAACAUCGUCGACGCCCUCAUCACCGAUGCCGCGUCCAAGGAGACAACCUUCAACUGGGGCAUCGCAUACAUGCAGGACACGGCCUCGAAGCUUGUCCUUACCGACAUGAACGAGGGCGGCUUCGACCACGUCAAGGCCAUGAAGCGACGAUUCUCUCGCAUCCGCAUGGCCUCCCAGCUCAACCAGAAGUCCCGCGCCCUCGUCCAUCGGACCUACCGCCGUCUCCCCAGAGCCACGAUGAGCCCGCUCGGAAUGGCUAUUGGAUCUCUCAUGACGGCCUGGGUCCUUCCCACCACCGAUGAUUUCGUCGUUGGCCUCAAAUUCAUGGGCGGAGAGAUUAGCGUCAUCCAACGUUACGCAGACUUCCUGGGAAUGGCACUCCACCUGCCCACUCCCGAGGGACUUCAGUUCAUGGAAUGCAUUCAGAAGUUCAAGAUCAUGCUUCCCCAGGGCUUCGACAAGCACGUCCACGCUGCCAUGGUGCUCCCUAACCUGAAGGAGCUCCACUUGUACUACGCGAUAGUCCCCAUCUUUGGCCCGCGCCGUCCACCCCCAACUCAGCACGCUGGCGUUGUGCCCCUUCGUCGCGUCGAUUACGGGGAUCUGGCUGAGUGGAUGAGUAUGCACAAGAGAAACUACAGCACUCUUUGCAAUAUUUUCAAGGAGAAGGGUACUACGGUGUACGCUUGCGGCUGCGAGCUCCGCAGGCCGGUGUUCGAGAUGCUCUUCACCGAGAAAGGCGUUCGCUUGCGCAACUUGUUGGGGUCCAACUGCCCUGAAGGAUGCGAAUGCCGCGAGGUCAACGAGUCGCAAGCUUCCAUGGCUUAA